UCGGUCUGCGGUUCCAGGUCCGGGCGCUUUCGCCAGAUCGGAAGCCCCUUACCCUUCACCGCCAGUCGUUUCCUCCGCGCUGGACGUCCACGGUGCGCCCUUGGGAGACCGGCUCCGUUGGGCUUUGCGGGGGAGUGACCAUCGCGGUGGUUUCCAGUCCUUACCUUCCUGUCUCACCUCCUGGGGCAGCGCAACCCCAUCUGAAUUCCAGAAUGACUGAUACUCCUGAAGCUGUUCCAAAUUUUGAAGAGAUGUUUGCCAGUAGAUUCACAAACGAUGACAAAGAAUACCAGGAGUACCUGAAGCGCCCUCCUGCGACCCCUCCAAUUGUUGAGGACUGGAAUAGCAGAGCUGGUGGGAGCCAAAGAAAUAGAGGCAAUUGGUUGCAAGAUAACAGACAGUUUAGAGGCAGGGACGGCAGACGGGGGUGGCCAAGUGACAAUCGAUCCAAUCAAUGGCAUGGACGACCCUGGGGUAACAAUUACCAGCAGCACAGACAAGAACCUUACCACCCUCACCAGUAUGGAAACUACGGUUACAACCAACGGCCUCCCUAUGGCUAUUACUGAGAGAAAUGUCCGCAGCUUUUAGUAAAACCGUUUCCUUUGUUAACAAGACAAACAUUUGCGUGUAUUUUCUGUUGGUCAUCAUUUUGCAUCUGAUUUUAGAAAAUAAAUUAAUUUUUUGGAACUUGAGACAUUUUUAAAAAAAUAAGAUCUUUCCAGAGAGAUGUGAUGGUUGCUGGGAAUAAACACUUCCCUAAAAAAGUUAUGGAUUAUAUGGCUUGACUUCUACCUCAGACUCUUCGUUUCAUGACUUUGAACUUGGUAUAUCUUUUCCUCGUUGGACCUUCAGUUCUGUCUUUGUUUUACACAGAAAUAAGAUAGGAAUUUUAAAAUAGAAAAUGCUUGCUUUUACUUUGUAAUAUAAGGAAGUAUCCAUGUACUUGGAUGUGCUCAUUCCUAAAAUUUUGAGAGACUGGUAAAAUGAACUAGUGAAUGCACAACUAUCCUUCGUCGUAAUGUGUUCUACAUUAACUUCAGAAGUUGGAAGGUAAAGAAACUGUAGUUAUAUUUCUUUUUUGGCUCUUGCUAUGUGACUAUGGUACUUUCUAAUUACUCUUUAGGUAUGAGCUCCCCAAUCAUUUUUGUCUCUUUUUAUUUUUAAUCUUCACCUGAGGAGUAGUGUCUUGAUCUAAUGAUCUAGGGUGGGAUUAGGGCACAAUCAUUUUAUACAAACUCUAAACCUAGUAGGUAAAAAUUUAUACAUUAUAUAAAAGUGUCACAAAAACACUGUAAUAUUCCCCUUCCUCUUCAAUCUUGUGUAAAAUAAGGUUGCAUUAUUUGACUUUACUUACUUUUAUGGUACUUAAUGUAGGUUGAGUUUACAAUGUUAUAAUCACUUUCAAAUGUGCACCUUUCUGCAUUCUCUUCAAUAAACACUGUGAUGCUGUAA